AUGGGAGAUAACAACCACAGCACCACACAAAUGGCUGCUUCCGACGUAGCCAACGCUAUCAGAGACAAUGGCGAUGCCGGGCAAGAGGCCACGCCGAGCUCGCUCGAGUCGACUCCCGAGCCUUCCACCACUGAGAUAGUACAAGACCAGGCCCAGCCGCAGAAGCGCAAAGGAGGCCGCAAACCCCGCAAGCAAAGGAACAGGCAAGCCCAGGCUGCGUUCCGAGAGAGACGCACCGAAUACAUCAAGCAACUCGAGACCACCAUCAAGCACCAUGAAGAGACACUGCAGACUCUGCAGCAGAGUCACCGUAGUGCGGCUGAUGAAUGUCUCAUGCUCCGUUACAAGAAUUCGCUACUUGAGAGAAUCUUGUUGGAGAAGGGUUCGUUGUUUACUUCCUGGACCACCACCGGUCCCCCGGUCCUGUCGUCGAUCCAGCUGACCAUUGUCUANGGUAUUGAUGUGCAGGCCGAGUUGCAGAUGAAGACGGGCAGUCCUGCUCUCGGACAUUCGUAUAUCCCCCACCAUGCACCGUCGUCAAUGGCAGCUGCUCCUCUGCAACGCACAGCAUUGAACCGACAGCAUGCAAGACGUUCCGGCCAGGUCUACCCUCCACGGAUUGGACCUGGCGCGGGAGCGCAACCAGAUCUUUCCUUUUCUGCUCGUUCCCCUCAGGGUCAUCCCACUCCGUCGUCACAUGCAUCCUCACCUACAGCCUUGUCUACCCAGUCACCCGCUGCUCUACAGCCCGGAGCUAUGACCCCACCAGCGUCGGUACUUACUGGAGGGCAACAGCAACAGUAUGGAGUGGGUCAACCACCUCGUUCGCGCUAUGUUAUGCAGCACCCACCUCAGCACAGAGGCCCUGCCUUCUCGGCCCCCAACGGAGUAUCAAGCUUGUCCGAAUCGACCAACGGAGUAGCAGGCAAUGCAUCGGCAUUCUACCCAUCGCCAUUCCAAAAACACAUUGAACAGCUGGGCAAGUGGUCCCGAUCCCUCUUUCGGGCAUGCUCGAUAGAACUUUGUCGUCCUAGGUUAAUCUCGUGA